AUGCUGUUGGUGCUGGUGGUGGUGGUGGUGGUGCUGCUGUUGGUGCUGGUGGUGGUGGUGGUGCUGCUGCUGUUGUUGCUGUUGGUGGUGCUGCUGAUGCUCUUGGUGGUGCUGCUGCUGAUGCUGUUGGUGGUGCUGCUGCUGAUGCUGUUGGUGGUGCUGCUGCUGAUGCUGUUGGUGGUGCUGCUGCUGUUGCUGUUGGUGGUGUUGGUGGUGGUGGUGGUUGUGGUGCUGCUGCUGCUGCUGUUGCUGCUGCAGCUGCUGAUGCUGCUGCUGCUGUUUUUCGGGUAUGAGUCAAUUCGAAAGCUCCUGGAUAGACCAAGGCCGGGCUGCAAAAUGUUAGAGUUGCUGCAGGUACAGCAGCAGCAGCAGCAGCAGCAGCAGCAGCAGCAGCAGCAGCAACAGUAG